AUGUCGGACCUGGCCUAUUGGUUGCAUCGCCGCAGCUAUCGUGAGGCCCAACGGGCCCGCCGCAACGAGCAAGAGAUUUGGACUGCUGUGGCUAAGGAGCCACCGGUUUUCAGGAUCGCUGGCACCGCCUCCGGGCCGCUCCGCCACGACGUGCGGGCGGCCGCCGUGGUGGACGUGGCGGCGCGGGCGCGACGUGCGGAUGCGCAGCCCUUCCGCAUGGUGGAGGUGGGUGUCUUCCAGGGCAACUUGUCCAAGCACAUUUGGCAGCGCAGUGCAGCGCGCCCAGGAGCCUUUGAGCUGCAUCUAGUGGACCAUUGGGGUGCGCCCUACGUACCUUUGGCAACCCGCAAAGAGCUUGAAGAGUCGCUGGGGACGGGGUCCAACAUGGCUGGUCAGAGCAACAACUCGGCUCUACAGCGCCUGUGGCAUCACUUUGGCGCAAAGGGUGCUCGGCGCUUUGAGGUGCCACAUUGGUUGGGCGAAAAGAGGGCCUGCGGCGAGACAACCCGUGCUGCGGCGUCUUCGGCGGACCUUUUUGUGCAUCGCAGUGCCAGCAUAGCACCAGCGAGGUGCUUUCUGGAUGGCAGCUUAGAUUUGGUUUACAUCGAUGCCGACCACAAGUGGUGGAGCGUCUUGCAGGACCUCACAACUUGGUGGCCCAAGAUCAAACCUGGAGGAGUGAUGAUGGGACACGACUUUCACUUCAACUCGCUGAUGGAGCGUGCAUCGCUGGACGGUGGAGACAUCAAUGAUGUACCUCUAGCCGUGGGUGCAUUCUUUCGGUGGCCCACCACAGUGUCCUUGCAUUCUGGCUUUGUUUGGUCUGUGCAAAAGCCCUUGGAUAGCCAGCCGAAUGCCACUGAAGCCCAGCUCCAACGGCAGGAUCUGUGUGAUUUGCUGCGGAGGACUGCGGGCCUUAUUUGGCAAUUCUUUCGAGAGAAAAAACAUGCUAAAGGACAAACAACAUCAAAUCAGAUGGGUUAUUCAAUCUCCAGAUGCCCGCAAGGAAACUUCAUCCUCAUAAUGAAUUUGAGAUUUGUACAAACUACAAUUCCCCAAACAAGAAAAGAACUAUGA